AUGUACGGACCAGUGGGUUAUAUUGCGUAUCAUGGACAUGUAACAACAACAAUGCAAAUGUCCCCGUACAAAUUUGAUCAUGGCUCAUCCCUGCCACAACCGGAAUGGGUACACGUGGCUCCAUGCCCAGACGUGUAUCGCGGAGAGUAUCGCCUGGCUGAUGAAGAUUUGGAUAAUGAAGAAAAGUUGAUAGAGGCUGGAGUUUAUUACUCAGAUGCUGUGAAGAAAAUUGUGGAGAAGGUUAGUUUUACAAGUUUUUGGCUCAAGAUUAGAUAG